AUGGCACCCACACUCGCCGCCGCGGAUCUCCGCGCCCUCGCCGAGACGGACAUCACCACCGCCAUCCCGCUCGACCAGCUCGGCCCCGUCAUCACCAGCAGCCCCUUCGUCGCCGUCCCGGGCACCUUCAACACGCGCGACCUGGGCCUCGUGCCCACGUCGGCGGGCCAGCCGACCCCGAUGCGCCAGGGCUUCGCCUUCCGCUCCGGCGGGCUCACUGACGGCCGCGCCUCGGCGGCGCUGGGCAGUACGGGGCUCGGCAUCAGGCGCGUGUUCGACAUCCGCUCGCAGAAGGAGCACGCCGACAAGCCGGACCCGGCCGUCGAGGGCGCCGAGGGCGUGUGGGCGCCCACGAGCGAGCUCGACGCCGUGGUCCGGCUCGACGAGUUCGUCGAGGGCCAGGGCGAGGGGGGCUACGUGUGGAUGUACCUCGACGUGCUCAGGUGCUACAGGCCGGCCAUCAAGGCCGUGCUCGAGCACGUGCGGGACAGGCCUGCCGAGCCGUUCUUGUUCCAUUGCACGGCUGGCCGCGACCGCACGGGGGUAGUAGCGGGUCUGCUCAUGACGCUCGCCGGCGUCGACGCCGACACAGUGGCCUUUGACUACCUGCUGUCCCGCCUCGGCAUGGAGCCCGCCCGGGAGCAGCUGCUUGCGUUUGCGCUACACGGCGCUGGCGUCACCAGCAUCGAUGCGCCUGGCUUCAAGAACAUGACCAGCCUGAGGAAGGUUUGCUGGGACGCUUAUGUCGAGGCCGUCAACCGCGAGUACGGCGGGUUCGAAAAGUUCAUCACGGACAUCCUGGGCCUGUCGGCGGAAGAUGUCGAGAUCAUCAAGCACAACUUGACUGUGGCUCCGAGCGCAUGA